ACACUACUUCCCAUAUGAUUGGUACUGUUGAAUUAUCCCUUUUACGAUGCAGACAAGAGCUGUCGUGGUGAGAAAGGACGAAAAUGGUCAAAGGGUUUAUGAACUACGUGAAUCGUUUGAGUGCCCAACACUAGAUGAAAAUAGCGUUGCAGUAAAGGUCAAAGCUUGCGGCUUGUCUCCACACCAUAACAAGAUUUUAGAGGAAUUUAACUUGAUAAGCAAGAAGGAACAGCCAUUUGGAAGAGAAAUAUCAGGAGUUGUUACAAAUGUUGGAUCAGCAGUCACAAGAGUCAGCAUUGGAGAUGAAGUGGCUGGCCUGCUUCCAUUAGAUUCAGCUUCAGCAGGAUGUGCAAACUUUUGCAUCUUAUCACAGUAUGAUGUUGCCCGAAAACCAGAGAAAGUGGAUCACAUAGAUGCAGCAGGUUGCAUUGGUGAUGUUGUUAGAGCUUACACUGCACUAUACUACCAAGCCAGAGUAUGUGGAGGAGAGACAAUACUGAUAUUCAACGGGGCCUCAGCCAGUGGUGUUAUGGCUAUCCAACUUGCCCAUAUUUGGGGGGCCAAGGUUCUUGCAACAGCAUCAUCAGAAGAAGAAGUUAUUUACCUGCAGAGUCUUCAACCACCACUUGCAAAUGUAAUAGACUUGAGGAAAACAAAGAAGUCAUUAGUAGAUAUUUGUAUGGAUGAAACUGGUGGACUUGGUGUGGAUUGUGUGAUUGAUAAUGGAGUUCUUCGUCAAGAUGAUGAUGUUAUAAUUCAGGGAACAGGCAUUGGUCUACCUGGCCAAAAUUCAGUGCCAUCCAAACAUGAUGUGAUCUCCUGUCUUGGAGUGGCUGGAAGAUGGAUCACUUCUCAUCAAGAUCUUCAGUUGGACCCUCCUGAUUCUCAGAUGCUUUACCUCAAAGGAGCUGCAAUCAGUUUUCUCUUUGAACAUUCAUGGACUUUAUCAAAAGGUCAACAAGGAAGAUACCUACACAUCCUCCAAGACAUAAUGGAUAAACUGUCUAACUCAGUGAUAAGACCGGUCAUUCACCAUACUGUGUCUCUGGAAGAUGCCUGUGAAACCCUGCGGCAACUACCUCAGCACACUGUUGGCAAAAUUGUUGUUAGCUUGUAAAUAUAACAAUUCGAGUCUAGAAAUAAAGAAUUCUAUUUUACGUGA